AUGGCCUGGGCAUUGAACAAUAUUGAUAUCUCCACAAUUAAGGAUUCAACAAGAAAACCAUUAAGCAGAUACAGCUACAAAGUGAAGCUUAAUACCUACCUAAAGAACGUUCGUUACAAAGACAGCACAGGCAGCGACAUUUUUUUUAACGACAAGGGAGAACUUCCAGGAAAUUAUGAUAUUAUUAAUCAGAUACUACUACUUGAUAGCGAACAAAAAGAGAAAAUCCUAAACCGGGUGGGCACGUUUAAUUCACUUCUUCCCGAUAACCAGCAAAUGCAUAUUGAGAUCCGGAACAUAAUUUGGAAACAUGACACGGGACUUUCAGCCAUGUGCCCUGCCUGGGACUUUCAGCCAUGUGCCCUGCCUGGGAGUUUCCAGCCGUGUGCCUUGUCUGCGGGCUUCCUGCCGUGUGCCCUGUCUGUCGGCCCCUGCCAGUGUGGCCACAGCUUCCUAACUAUAAAAUUCCCACACCUUCUAAUUACUACUGUUAUAGUUGUCAUAUUUUUCUCAUUUCGAGACACCCCCAUUGUUAAAGCAAAUAAUCGGAAUCUUAGCUUUGUCCUCUUGGUCUCCCUCAAACUGAGCUUCCUCUGCGUGUUCUUGUUCAUUGGUCGCCCGUUGGAUAUAACCUGCAUGAUACGUCAUAUUUCCUUUGGAAUGGCCUUUUCUGCAGCUCUGUCUUGUGUGUUGGCCAAGACCAUCAUGGUUUGUAUCGCCUUCAAAGCCACAAAGCCUGGCAGCAUCUGGAGAAAUUGGGUGGGACUGAAGAUGUCCAAUGCUGUUGUCUUGGUCGGCUCCUCUGGUCAGGUUCUGAUCAGUGUCGUUUGGUUGUUAGUCGCUCCUCCCUUUCAAGAGCUAGACAUGCACACAUUCACUGGGAAAAUCAUUGUUCAAUGUAAUGAAGGCUCUGUCCUGGCCUUUUUCUGUAUGUUGGGUUACAUGGGGCUUCUGGCAGCUGUGAGUUUUGUUCUAGCUUUCAUGGUACGGACAUUGCCAGAUAACUUUAACGAAGCCAAACACAUCACAUUCAGCAUGCUGGUGUUCUGCAGUGUGUGGGUCUGUGCUAUACCGGCCUAUCUGAGCAGCAAGGGAAAAAACAUGGUGGCCGUAGAGAUAUUUGCUACCUUGACAUCAAGCCUUGGAAUUGUAAGCUGUAUAUAUCUCCCAAAAUGUUAUGUUAUUGUGUUUAAAGCUGAUCUUAACACUAGACGACAUAUUUUAAUUAAAACGAUUUCAUAA